GUCAGAUGGAGUCGAGUGCAGUGCAGAUAGCGUGAAGACAUAAAUUAGGCAGUGAGACCACUCCACUCCUACUGUCUCUUCCAAAAGAUUCAACAAUCACGUGCUUCACCCACAACCCAUUACCCCUUUUCUCUUCCCCCUGCGAUGAAGAUCAUGACUGUGGAUGAAGCCAAACAGAUGCCCGAUUCGAAUCAUUCGAUGUCGAAAUGGGUUGUAAGAAGAAAAACCAGAGCCUGUUUGUUCUCAGAGAAUGUAGCAAUGUGUAGGUGCCUGUUAAUGUGCAUUGAUGUAUGUUAGGUUUUGAUUGUUGGUAUUGCUUCAGAAGUGGUUAGAUCAUGGUUGAAAAUGCAAAUGUUAAGUUUAUAGUUGUUGAUUUAGAAAGUAGCUAACUAAUCCAGCUUAAUUUUGGGGAGUUUAUGUGAAAAAAAAGUGUUUUUAUGGAUCAAUUUGGGAAAAAGCGAAAGGGGUCGGAAAACGUAGCGUCUAAACUGGUUCGGUCACACGUUUCGUUAGGGGAUUAUUCAAGAAGAACAAAGAAAUGCAAGGAAAUAGUAGUAGAAAUAGAACGUAACGAUAACGGUUACAAAGAUUACAUAACCGGAAUCGCAACUGCACCGCCUUUUGUAAACGUGUGUUCGGACCCACGUGGGAGGGGUCUGAAGCGGAAAAUCGGGUGUCUUGAUGCCGCUACUAAAAUGGGUAGAAAGAAGAAAAUCGAGCAAGAUUUUGAGUCGGGUCAAACUAUUGGUCAAGGGAAGUUUGGGUCCGUGGUCAAAUGUCGAAAUAGGGUUAGUGGGGAAGAAUUUGCUUGCAAGAUUUUACCGAAAGGGGAAGAGAUUGUGCACAAAGAAGUUGAAAUUAUGCAGCAUCUUUCUGGUCAUCCGGGUGUCGUGACAUUAAAGGCGGUGUAUGAAGAUGCUCGGUUUUUUCAUUUGGUUAUGGAGCUUUGUUCUGGCGGGCGGUUGCUUGAUCAGAUGAGGGAAGACGGUUUGUUUUCGGAGCAAAAAGCUGCUAAUUUGAUGAAGGAAUUGAUGUUGGUUCUUAAAUAUUGUCAUGAUAUGGGUGUCAUUCAUCGAGAUGUAAAGCCUGAUAAUAUUCUUCUUUCGGCUUCUGGCUCGAUUAAGCUUGCGGAUUUUGGGCUGGCUGCUAGAAUCGCUAAUGGUCAAAGUCUAUUUGGUGUGGUAGGAAGUCCUGCAUAUGUUGCUCCUGAAGUUCUGAUUGGUGCUUAUUCAGAAAAAGUCGAUAUAUGGAGUGCUGGUGUGGUCCUCCAUGCACUUUUGGUCGGUCUCCUCCCGUUUGGUGGCGGUUCUGUAAAUACGGUGUUUGAGGCUGUCAAAAACGUGUCCAUUAAUUUUCAAGAUAAGUUAUGGGACUCGAUAUCACAACCUGCCCGUGAUCUUAUUGCACAUAUGCUAACAAGAAAUGUAUCCGAGAGGUACACUGCUGAAGACGUGCUACGACAUCCUUGGAUCAUAUUCUACACAAACCCAACAUUAGAGUCCCUAACUUUCAGUUCUAGACCACAACUUCAUAUGACCUUGACUUCUCAACAACUGGCAGACAUGAUAGAAGUGGAGUCCGAGAGGUCUAUUAACUCUUUCGAUGAAAACUCUACUCCAAUGUCCCCACAAGACAUAACCGAAGACGAAGAUUGUCACAUGGUUGAUGUUCUUGCGCUGGCAAUUUCACGUGUAAGGAUCUCGGGACCAAAACGAAGCAGGAUAUUUAGUCCUGCUAACGCUGUUCAACAAGAACGUUCAUCCAUUACGAUGAAGAGUUUAUGUACAGCAUUUUGAUGGUAUGACUUCUGUUUUUGCUAGAGCUACUCUUUGUAGUCUUGUAAACUUUAUGUUAUGUAUUUUCUAAUUUGUAAUGGUUAUAGUUCAUUAACCUUUUGUUGUCAUUGUAGAUAUAUAAAUCAAAUUUGAAGGAGAAUAUAAAACGCAAUGUUAUCUA